CAACCACGCCAAUCGCAUAAUCAAUCUCCUCCUUGUAUUUAGAUCGGCGCCCCCCUUGGGAAUCUGUCUUCUUCCUACUCUUCUUUCGUCGACGCCCUCCACGUCCUUGGCAGUUCAGUGCUUUCGUAUCACAAUUACCUUCGUUCAGCUCGCUUAAUACAUUAUCUGCUCGUCGCCUCAGUUCUUGACUCGUCACCCGUCAUUUUCUUCAUUCGUUUCUAAGUCACUCGUUCAUAUUUUGCACCGGCAAAUAUGCAGUUCAAGAACUUCGUUUUGGCUGCCUUCGCGGCAUCCGCAACCUCAGUAGCUGCGUCUGAUCAGGAUGCUUGCGCUGCUGGGGCAAUCUUAGGCAUCUAUGCUUUGUGCGGCUCCGACCCGGUCGACUGUGGUUCGAACAUGUGUUGCUUGGAAGGUCAGAAGUGCGUCACUUCAGGUGGCGUCAUUGCCUGCGCAGACUCCUCGCUCGUACAAGGCUCUACCGUGACCGUCAGCGCCGCUUGCUACGGGACUUCGACCGCCUCGGCCUCCGCUUCAGCCUCCGCUUCAGCCUCGAAGCCUGGCUCGUACUCCGCUUCUGCUACAGGUUCUGCUACACACUCUGCUACGGGCUCUGCCACAGGUUCUGAGACGUGUUCUACUACAGGUUCUGCUACCGCUUCUGGUAAAGGUUAUGCCACGGGCUCUGCAACCGCUUCGGCGAGUGCUUCAUUGUCUCAAGGUGCGGGUGGUUCAUAUGGUUCCCAUGGCUCGCAGACAUGGUCUUCCUCUGCUCCCUACAACACUGUGGGAUCUUCGUCUUCCGCCACUGGUGGUGAGACUUCGGGUUCUUACUCGGGCUCUUCCGGCUCUUCAUCGGGCUCUACCUCAGGCUCUUCGUCGGGCUCUUCGUCGGGCUCAUACUCUGGCUCUUCGUCGGGCUCUUCGUCGGGUUCUUCGUCGGGUUCUUCAUCGGGCUCAUACUCUGGCUCUAGCUCAGGUUCUCAAUAUACUAACGGAACAGCUGGCUACGGAGGGACUACCCCCAGCGGUACGGUCUCCUCUGGGCCAGUCUUGGCUACAGUUAACGCAGCUACCUCGUUCUCGACACCGAACUCGAACUACGCGGCGCUCCUCUCGGCCAUGGGUCUCUUGGCCUACUUGUUGUAA